GCCGCGCUCCUGGUUCCCGAGGGGGAGGGGCGGCCCGGCGCCCCCCGCGCCGCCUCCCGCGCCGCCGCCAUGGAUCUAGGGCCCCUGAACAUCUGUGAGGAAAUGACUAUUCUGCACGGGGGCUUCUUGCUGGCCGAGCAGCUAUUCCGCCCCAAAGCGUUGGCGGAAUUGACCAAGUCUGACUGGGAACACGUUGGGCGGCCCAUCGUGGAGGCCUUGAGGGAGAUCUCCUCGGCCACAGCACACUCCCAGCCCUUUGCGUGGAAGAAGAAAGCUCUGAUCAUCAUCUGGGCCAAGGUUCUUCAGCCCUGUCCCGUCACCCCCUCUGACACGGAAGCUCGGUGGCAGGAAGACAUAUUCUUCUCCGUAGGCAACAUGAUUCCUACCAUCAACCACACGGUUCUCUUUGAGCUGCUCAAGUCCCUGGAAGCCUCUGGACUCUUCAUCCAGCUCCUGAUGGCCCUGCCCACCACCGUCUGCCGUGCAGAACUGGAGCGCUUCCUGGAGCACAUGGCCAUUGACACUUCCUCCAAGGACGUGGCCUUCUUCCUCGACGUCUGGUGGGAGAUGAUGAAGCACAAGGGCACUCAGCAGGACCCCCUGCUCUCCCAGUUUAGGACCAUGGCCCAUAAGUACUUGCACUCUGCAGACGAGUUCUCCCACCCUCCAAAGAGGUUUAAGUCGGACCCAGAUGUGUGUCCCACCAUGCCCUUGCUGGCCAUGCUGCUCAAUGGGUUGAAGCAAAUCCAGAACAGGAUCCUGUGUCUGGGGAUGAAGUGUUGUGCGCUGGCCAACCUGGCUGACAUGCUGACCGUGUUCGCGCUGAUGGAGGACGACCCCCAGGAAGUGUCUGCGACCAUGUACCUGGACAAACUGGCCACGGUGAUCUCUGUGUGGAAUUCAGACACGCAGAACCCGUACCACCAACAGGCGUUGGUAGAGAAGGUCAAGGAGGCGGAGCGGGAUGUCAGCCUGACCUCCCUGGCCAAGCUGCCGAGCGAGACCAUUUUCCUGGGGUUUGAGUUCAUGCACAGCCUGCUGCGGGAGUGGGGGGAGGAGCUGCAGGCCAUGCUCAACAGCAGCCAGGGGACGAAUUACGACAGCUACCGGCUGUGUGACAGUCUGACGUCCUUCAGCCAGAACCUGAAGCUCUACCUGGACGCCACCAGCCUGUCCCCGGAGGAGAGGCGGGCCGUGUCCGAGCUGGCGGAGUGUGUCCAGGGCUUCCUGAGGAAGACAAGCAGGGUGCUGAAGGACAAGGGCUCUGAGGACAUCACGGCCUCCAUCGCCAUGGCCAUCAUCGAGCAGAAGAUGGAGCGCCACAUGGAGAUGUGCUACGUCUUUGCCGCUGAGAAGAAGUGGGCCUUCUCAGACGAGUGGGUAGCCUGCCUGGUCAACAACAGGGCUCUCUUCCGGGAGCCAGGCUUGAUUUUAAGGCUGCUAGAAACGGUGGUAGAAGUCACCGAGAGCGACAGAAUCAUCCCUGAAUCUCAGAUGAAACAGGUGAUCCACUUGAUCCUGGAAUGUUACGCAGACCUCUCACUGCCAGAUAAAAACAAAGUCCUGUCAGGUGUGCUGCAUUCCUGGGGGCGAAAGGGCCUCUCUGAAAAGCUCUUGCCUUACCUGGAGGGUUUUCAGGAGGACCUCAAUACGACUUUUAACCAGCUCACCCAGGGCACCUCGGAGCAGGGCUUGGCUAGGGCUGUGGCUUCCGUGGCCCGCCUGGUGGUGCUGCACCCGGAGAUCACAGUGAAGAAGAUAUGCAGCAUGGCCGUGAUCAAUCUGGGCACCCACAGGUUCCUGGCUCAGAUUCUCACUGCCUUCCCCGCCCUCAGGUUCACGGAAGAGGAAGGGCCGCGUUCACCUAGCACUUUCGUGGUAUCGUGCCUCCGAGAAACUGUCUGGACCAAGUUCUCGACACCCAGAGAGGAGAAGCAGUUUCUGGAGCUGCUGCGCUGCCUGAUGAGGCCUGUGAAGCCCCCGGGGAUCCCAGUCGCCGCCCUUCUUGAGCCGGACGAGGUGCUGAAGGAGUUUGUGCUGCCCUUCCUGAUGCUGGACGUGGACGAGGUGGACCUCAGCCUGAAGAUCUGCCUGCAGACCCUCGAGGCCAGCGCGUGCUUGGAGGACUACUGGCUCCAGACCUGCUCCCCGUUCCCCCUCCUCUUCAGCUUGUGCCAGCUCCUGGACAGCUUCAGCAAGUACUGGCAGCUGCCCAAGGAGAGGCGCUGCCUCUCCCUGGAUGGGAAAGACCUGGUGAUCCGUCUCCUGGCGCUGCUUUGUGACACUGUGUCGGCCAACGCGGACACCUUCUCCCCGGACACCUGGGGCAAGUCCCUGUCCUGGCUCCACCGGAAGCUGGAGCAGCUGGACUGGACAGUGGGCCUGAGACUCAAGAACUUCUUUGAGGGCCACUUCAAGUGCGAGGUGCCCACCACACUCUUUGAGAUCUGUAAGCUUUCUGAGUCCGAGUGGACCUCCCAGGCCCACCCAGGGUACGGGCCAGGCACAGGGCUUCUGGCCUGGAUGGAGUGCAGCUAUGUGUCCAGCAGCGUCUCGGAGCAGAUGCUCUCCCUCUUGGUGGUGGACGUGGGCAAUCCUGAGGAGGUCCGGUUGUUCAGCAAGGGCUUUUUGGUGGCCCUGGUGCAAGUCAUGCCUUGGUGCAGCCCCCAGGAGUGGCAGCGACUUCACCAGCUGACCAGGAAGCUGUUGGAGAAACAGCUCCUCCAUGUCCCCUAUAGCCUGGAAUACAUUCAGUUUGUUCCCCUGCUCAACCUGAAGCCUUUUGCCCAGGAGCUGCAACUCUCUGUGCUCUUCCUGAGAGCUUUCCAGUUUCUCUGCAGCCAGAGUUGUCGUAAUUGGCUUCCUAUGGAAGGCUGGAGCCACGUGGUCAAACUCCUGUGCAGCAGUGUGACCAACCUCCUGGACUCCGUUAGGCUGAUACAGUCAGUUGGCCCUUGCGCCCAAGGCCAAGAGCAGGACCUGACCCAGGAAACCCUGUUUGUUUAUACCCAGGUGUUCUGCCACGUUCUGCACAUCAUGGCCAUGCUCUGCCAAGAGGUCUGUGAACCACUGUAUGUGCUGGCCUUGGAAAUCCUCACCUGCUAUGAGACCCUGAGCAAGACCAACCCUUCUGUCAGCUCCCUGUUACAGAAGGUAAAUGAGCAGCGCUUCUUAAAGUCCAUCGCCGAGAACAUCAGCCCGGAGGAGCGGCGCCAGACCCUGCUGCAGAAGAUCAACAGCUUCUGACGUUCACCGGCAGGAAGAAGCUGGGGCCCGACCCAGGGGUUCUCCAGGGGCUGCAGCUGAGAAGCAAGGCUUCGCAGUUCCGUGAAAUUGUACACAGGAUUAAAAAGUAUAUGGCAGUAAUGGUGUAAAGGAAAUAGUUUCAUACAUAUUUGUAAUAAACAAACUAUAAUAAAAUUCUGUUAAAGUUU